AAUCCGAAGACAUUGUAUAGAAUACCAUGUAGUUCGCUUGCUCGAACUCAUAUCACGAGUAUUUAAAGAAAGGUUUCACAAAAAGGAAACAAAAAUAGAAGUUCGACCCUGCCGCCGAGCCGCCACUGAGUUAACCUUGCGUUUCGUUCCUCGCGCCAGGCGUCAGGUGAUUCAUUCUUCGCUUUCUCGUGCUCGUGUUCACAUUCACAUCGUUGUCUUGCGUUUUUCGACGAUUUUGGUAUCUGAGCUUGUGCAUGUUUUUGGCGUUGUCGACCAUAGGCCUUUUUCGCCCGUAUGUAAUUUUUUACUACACAUGGGCAAGUCCAACAAGCGGCAUCGCUCUAGGAGCAGGGGGACGUCAAAAAGCGACCUACGAAAACGCCUUCGUAGGCUUGAGAGACUUUUAGAGGAUAAGGAAAAUGUGGAAAAUGUGGACGGCGGCCAUGACAGGCAGUCUCGGCCUCCUUUUCGAGCUAUUAAUAGAAGAUCGGAUUCCCGGUCUAAACGCGACUGCUCUGAUUGCAGUUACAGCAGCGUUGAAAGCUUAAGCAUUGCUGAUGUUCCAUCAACAAGUAGGCAUCUUAGACGAAGACGUUCUUUGUCUGCUGAGGCUUCGUUAAGCCUUUCGCCUGCUCCUUCUUUAAGGGCAGGUGACAAAUCCCAGACUUCUUUAAGUCUUUCUCCUCACUGUGAGGCUGAGGACCUACACGGAGCGGAUGGUAGACCAAAGCCUAGAGCUCCUUUGAACUCGACUAACGGCCCUGAGACCGAAUUGGAAGAAAAUGUACUCAUCAUCGACGACGGCUCUUUAGCCCUUGAUGAUUUUGGAGACGUUUUAGGAAAUGAUUGCCCUAGUACUCCAGUUAAGGCGGACUGUUUACAUGAGGCACUUUCCUCAAGGUGGAACUACAUUGUAACAAAUGGCCUUUCGCAGGAAAAUUUACUUUCCUUAACUCAACGUUAUGCAGUCCCGGAGAACUGUCCGACACUUAACUCACCUAAGCUAAAUCCCGAAGUUUUAGCAAUUUUGGCCAACGAUCGGGUGGCUCGGGACAAUUUUAAUAAAAGUAUCCAAACGAAACUCGCAACGGUUUUGGGAGCUAUGGGAAAGUCUUUGACAGCUUUGCUGAAUGACAAUCCUAUUCCAAAAAAGUUACGUGAUGAAAUUGUAGCCCCUUUGGGUGAUGCUAGUCGUUUACUGGCGCACACCUUUCACGACAUCUCUGACUCUAGGCGUAAUUUGAUUUUACCAACCCUUAACAAAAACAUUAGGGAGGUUCUAGGGAGAACUAAACCAGGAGAUUUCCUUUUUGGAUCAGAUGUUUCAGAGAGCGUCAGGGAAGCUAAGUCUCUACAGAACGCAGGAAAGGAAUUAAAGGCGGCUACUCCUUUGCAAUUCUCAGCUUCAUACAGAGGUGGUAGGAACUCUGGGCGAAUUCGUUUGAAGCCUGUGUUCACAUCAGCGAAAGACCAGCGUUCUUUAAACCGUUACGGCCCGACUCGUCAAAAGGGACAGUCGAGAUCAUUCCGAGGCCAGCAGUCCCAUCAGAAGCAGGGGAAAUACAGACGAUAGAGCAGCACCGAUCCACACCCACUGGCGGACAGGCUUACACUUCUAGCAGCGAAGCUAUCAGGGAAGCGUUCAAAUUAAAACACUUACCAGCGAAAGUUGUUCAAACAAUUCUCAGUUCCUUAUCAGCGGCAACAAUUCGGCAGUAUGGAGUAACAUACAAGCUCUGGUGGCCUUUCUGUGAGAAGAAAAGUAUCUCUCCGUAUGAUGGGACUCCAGCUCUCGUAAUGGAUUUUUUACAACACCUGUUUGACAUAGGGAAAAAUUCUUACGGGUCAUUUAAUUCACACCGCUCCGCCUUGGCUCUGAUUUUGUCAACGGACUUAGCGGGCCAUCCCGUUUUGUCUCGGUUUUUGAAAGGGAUAUCUAAGCUUCGGCCUCAAAAACCGAGAUACAAUGUCACCUGGGAUCCGCAAUUAGUUCUAAAUUUUUUAGAACAGAGAGAGUCAUCCACGCUUCAAGCUUUGUCAGAGAAGCUAAUCACCUUAUUAGCUCUCUCCACCGCACACAGGAUGCAAACGUUUUCGCUGAUACGCCUACGUAAUAUUUUAGAAUCAAGUACUGGAUUCCAAAUUUUGAUCGAGGACCAAAUUAAGACUUCAGGCCCAGGAAGAAAGCAACCUUGCUUAAACUUGCCCUUCUUCGUCGAAAACCCCAGACUCUGUGUUGCGACAACUUUGAAGAGGUAUUUAGCGGCCACAAAAGAACAUCGCACAUCGAAUAUGGACUUUUUAUUUAUUACUUUUAAGAAGCCACACAGAACUGCCAGCAGGCAAACUUUAAGUAGAUGGGUGAAAGACACUUUAGAUGCAGCGGGUGUGAACACUCUCAUUUUCAAAGCCCAUUCUACACGCCAUGCCUCAACAUCUAAAGCUUGGCAGUUAGGAGUACCAAUAGAAGUAAUUCAACAAACUGCGGGCUGGACAGAAAAUUCAAAAGUGUUCUGUAAUUUUUACAAUCGACCACUAUCACAAUCAAAUACUUUUGCGACAACCAUUCUUAGUUCUAAGUAGACGUAACAUUUCUUUUAUAUUAAGGGGGAUUAAAUGUGCAUUAUUUCUUUG